AUGGCGGCCAACGUGAGUCGAAAGAGUUGUGUUUUCUCGUCGAUUUUUGGCCGUUUGUUGUGUGAAAUACAACCAGGUUUGUCGUGUAGAUGCACUUCAGAUAUUGUACAUUUAUAGUUGUAGAUAAAUUUGUAAAAUAGUCAUCAAAUAUAACUCUAUGAGAUGAAUCAAUUUGAGUGUACAUUUUGCCAAUGAUUUUGGUAGUAUUAUUUUUAGAAACUUGAUUUAUAUUGUCUUGUUUGUAGCAUUCAACUGUGUGUCCUUGAGGCAAAGGUAUCCAAUCCAAUGCAGAAAUUUACAUAGUUCAGGUUUGUAUAUCAGAACAGGAUAGACUGUAAAGUUUUGGCUUUUUAAUUUGCUGCGCAAAAAUUCAUGCAAUUAUUAUGGAAAAUUGGAAAUCUGCGUAAAAUUUUUCAAGUUGUAGAAAACUGCAAAUAAUUUACCAAGAAUCUGCACAAUAUGCCUUUGUAAACCAAAAACCAAGCAGAUUUCUGAUUUUCUUAUUUGACAAAUACAAAAUAUUCUGUGAAAAUAUCUGACAAACGGUAUCUUUCACAUCAACUUGGAUCAGAGAAUUCUAUAACUGCUCCACCAUAUUCAUAUUUAAAUUAUUUAUAGAGAUGAUGUGUGGAGGGAAACUUAAAAGUGAAUGGCGAAGAAAAAGAGCCCCGGCGUUAACUAGAGUAGGUUUGAUUAUUGAUUAUACAAUCAAUUGGAACAUUAUUGACUAGAGAAUUAUAUGUUACUAUAAUUAUAUAUCUUCAUUAGUUAUGUCUGGAUAAACCAGAAAAAUAUAAAACUCGCAAAGCUUUUGGCGGAGGUGAAAAGACAAAAGUUACCAGAGCCAAGGAAGGAUCAUACAUUUGGAAAUCCCAAGGUCUUUCUGCAUUUAAUUUUAUUUUUAAGAUAUGCCAUUUUUGUGCUGAUUUUCAUCUUGACAUUCUGUAGAAAUUGAAUUCCAAACACCGAUAUUGGACGUUCUUUACAACAUGGCACAUAAAGAUUUUACAAGCAGGAAAAUCAUGGUACGAGGAACUGUCGUUGAAGUUGAUGGAGAGCCAUUUAAAACUUGGUAAUGCAAUAAUAUUAGUAAUGCAAUGAUUGCAUCCUACUUCAUUAUUGCUGGAGGAUUUUACUUGUCCAGGUGAAAUGUUGGGUAUUAAUGCCCACAGGUUAACAGAAUUUGAGUUUAGCUCGUAUGGUUUGAUGUUGAUUAAUUUAGUACACCAUGAUCAGCCGGGGGCAGUUUUAGUGUAAACUAUUUCUAAUAUAUUUCUUACAGGUAUGAGAAGCAAGAUGUACAUCAUGAAUCUAAUGAUAUAAAAGAGGUAUUGUAGUACAAUUGCUAAUUAAACCAUUAAGUUGUAAUGCCCCCAAAUGUAUUCUAGAGCUGAUGAUUUUAUUUAUCAUUUUACUUGUGUCCCAAUGCUUAAUACUUUAUUAUUUUACUCUGUCUAACGGCAGACGAUUUUACUUGUCAAGAGGAGAGUGCUGAUGCUCAAUGGUUGCUAAAUGAUUUACAAUGGAUUCAACUGUAUUAAACGUUUUCUAGGGUGAAAAGGAGCCAUCUGUUGACAACAGGAUCUUGCAACAAUUGCAGGGUGGGAAAGUACUAGGUAAGGAAUGA